AUGAAGGUGCACAUACACCCGAGAGAAUUGAGAAGCCCCCCAACAGCAGCAGCAACAGCAGCAGCAGCAGCAGCAGCAGCAGCAACAGCAGCAGAGUGGGAGGAGACAGUACAGCAGCUCGAAACACUCGAGCUCUCUGACCCCGCUGUCUCGUCUCUGUCUCCACAGGAGAGAGAGCAGCUAUGGCCAAGCCCCCCAACAGCAGCAGCAACAGCAGCAGCAGCAGCAGCAGCAGCAGCAGCAACAGCAGCAGAGUGGGAGGAGACAGUACAGCAGCUCGAGACACUCGAGCUCUCUGACCCCGCUGUCUCCUCUCUGUCUCCACAGGAGAGACAGCAGCUGUGGCCGUGGGUAGCAGAGAAGGAUGCAGCAAACCACCACUACUUGCUGCUGCAGCAGCCGCUGCAGCAGCAGCAGCAGCAGCAGCAGCAAGCAGGAGGCCCCAUAUGCAGACUCAUAGGAUACUUAGCUUAUAAACAAAACCCCCAAAACUCUUCUCUUUCUCUCCUUCGUAUCUUUAUCUCACCAUCACAAAGAAGAAGAGGAACAGGCGAGGCAUUCUUCGGCGCAUGCAUGCUCAUCAUACACCAGCAGCAGCAGCAGCAACAGCAGCAGCAGCAGCAGCAGCAGCAGCAGCAGGAGGUGACAUGCUUCGUGCCCCGCCUAGCCGUCAAGUUUGUUGAAAGCCUUGGAUUCACUGAAACGGUUGGGGGCCCCCAAAAGAGGCCCCUAGAGGGGCCCCCCAGGGGGCCCCCCUCUGUUGCUGUAUCUCUAAACCUACCAGCAUUCGUGCAGCGCCUGCUGCGGCCCCGCAGGCCUGUUGCUAGCGCCCCCAAAAGAGGCCCCUAG